UUGCAACAGUCAUGUGACUUAUGACAUCACAGGUCAUGUAGCUGGAUAGGAACUAGCUGCUUUCGAUUCAGCACUCCACGGCUCCUGUAAUGCUCACAUACAAUACACAUCACUUACUGCGUUUGUCAGUAAAGGAGAAACACUAUAAGAAUAUCUGACAGAUUCAGCUGCACUGAACAAGACAAUGUCUGACAAGACCAUGAACCAAACCUCAGACCUUCCUGAUGCACAAGGAGGGCAUCUAGAGAGAGACCCGGGCGCUGUGCUAUUAAAUGUGAAGGAAGAGGAGGAGGCAGAUGGCAUGAAUAAUCAUCAGACUGAAAUACAUUGGUCCCUCCCUGCAGACAAAGAUAACGCUGAUAUAGUGAAGGUUGAAAUAACAGAAGAUCUGUGUGUGAGGCGUCAGCUGGAAGCCACAGAAGAGGAAACCAGUGACAGUAUCAGCCCAGAUAACGCUGAUAUAGUGAAAGUUGACGUAACAGAAGAUCUGGGACAUCACCCUGGAGCUCCAAAUGAGGAAACCAGAUACAGUAUUAGCCCAGACAAAGAUAACGCUGAUAUAAUGAAAGUUAAAAUAACAGAAGAUCUGUUUGUGAGGCGUCAGCUGGAAGCUCCAGAAAUGGAAACGAGUGACAGCAUCAGCCCAGGCCGUAUGGAUGGAGAAGAACCGUAUAUAUGUGAUCACAUGAAGACUGAGAAGGAUGAAGUUCCUAUAAAUACAACAGGUGGAUUCACAAACAAAGCUUCUAUCAAUCUUUUCCAAAAUCAAAGCAAAUGCUUUGGCAAGAAAUCAAAUCCUAUUGACAAUCUGAAAUUUCAUACAGGAGAAAAAGUUUUUUCCUGUUCUGAAUGUGGUAAAUGUUUUACCAAAAAGUUCAAUCUUAUUGACCAUCAGAAAGUUCAUACAGGAGAGAAAGCGUUUUCAUGUUCUCAAUGUGGGAGAUGUUUUACUAAGAAAUCAAAUCUUAGUACUCAUCUGAAAAUUCAUACAGGAGAGAAAGCAUUUUCAUGUUCUGUAUGUGGGAAAUGUUUUACUAAGAAAUCAAAUCUAAUUGGCCAUCAGAAAAUUCAUACAGGAGAGAAAGUAUUUUCAUGUUCUGUAUGUGGGAAAUGUUUUACUUGGAAAUCCCAUCUUAAUACGCAUCUGAAAAUUCAUUCAGGUGAAAAAGCUUUUUCAUGUUCUGAGUGUGGGAAAUGUUUUACUCAGAAAUCAGUUCUUAUUACACAUCUGAAAAUUCAUACAGGGGAAAAGACAUUUUCAUGUUUUCAGUGUGGGAAAUGUUUUACUUGGAAAUCACAACUUAUAACUCAUCAGAAAGAUCAUACAGGCGAAAAAGCGUUUUCAUGUUCUCAAUGUGGCAAAGGUUUUACUCUGAAAUCCGUUCUUAUUACCCAUCAGAAAACACAUACAGGAGAAAAGGCAUUUUCGUGCUCUGAAUGCGGGAAAUGUUUUACUCAGAAAUCAUCUCUUGUUACUCAUCAGAAAAUUCAUACAGGAGAGAAAGCAUUUUCAUGUUUUGAAUGUGGGAAAUGUUUUACUCGGAAAUCAACUCUUAUUACUCAUCAGACAAUUCAUACAGGAGAAAAGGCAUUUUCAUGUUCUGAAUGUGGGAAAUGUUUUACUCAGAAAUCAUCUCUUACAACUCAUCAGAAAAUUCAUAUUAAAGAGAAAAUAUUUUAAUGUUCUCAAUAUGAAAAAUCAGAUUGUAAUGUCAUUAAAGGGACAGUAUACUGUAAAAUUGUUUUUCCCUAAAUGUAUUUCCCAUGACUUGUUAUACCAGCUGCAGAGUUUAAAAUGUUUGAGAAAUUGCAUCUUUAGGUUUAUUUGUGUAUAUGAAAGAGCAUGUUUUGUUCUUUCAAACCACAACCCAUUACAAUGGGUUGAGGUUGCUGAUAAAAUCAGAUCUCAUUAUUUUAUAACUUUAAGUACACACACACGGUUCCUUAUCUUAUAUUUGUCUGUAUACCAGUGCUCAACAAUUAAAGAGAACAAUGGAAAAUUUUA